AUGACCAGUCUCAAUAACAAAACAACUUAUCUAAGUAAGGUGAUGACAACAGAGAUGACCAGCACAAACCGACUGACAGCUGGCGACUAUGAAAAAAUAUUUUUCCGGAUAAAACUAUGGAAGAUUUGUCACGGAUAUAUCAUGUUCAUCUUGAUAGUGUUAGGAAUCGUGGCCAAUAUUCUGGCAUUUAUCAUUUUGUCACGGAAAUCAGUGAGGAGAACUACAAUAGCAGUGUACCUCCGAGCUUUGUCAUUGGCUGACACUUUUGUGCUCAUCACAGCAUUUUUCCGUUAUAACACCUAUAAUCUGUUCUUGACAGAGGCUCAAGAUACAUACAUGGUCUUACACUACAGUGCCUACCUUGAUAUCUAUGUUGAACCAUUUCAUUGGAUAGCCCUAGGUGUGUCCAGCUUUGUAACCUUGACCUUGUCAAUAGAAAGGUUUCUGGCCAUCAGGUAUCCAUUGACCAUUAGGCGGUCAUGCACUCCGUUCCUUGUGAGAGUGUGUAUCAUAGGAAUUAUUGCAAUUGUGAUCAUUCUAACUUUGCCCAACUUUUUCUCAUUUCGAGUUCAGAAAUACCACAUCGCCAACACGUCCAGUCUCUCUGUGCGAGUGAUGACAAAGUUAGGACGUGACACACUCUACCCUUGUACUUAUCAUGUCUAUAUCAUUCCUCUCCUUUGGUACAUCCUUCCAUGGAUCCUUCUUGCCACUUUCAACCUUCUUCUCUUCCUUCAAGUCAGACGGUCUGCAAGGAUACGUGUCGGCCUGCCGAAUAUCCCGAACCCUAACAGAAACCUCUCCAUUCUCAUUCUCCUCAUUGUCAUCAUCUACAUGGUGUGCAACCUUCCAAUAUCAAUCAUGGUCUUUUACAAGCUUGUAAAUCAUAUGUCAGAGAAUGGGAUAUGCAUCAAGGAAACUACAUCACUAUCAUCGCCAACGUCUAAAGAGUUUGAUAUCAUCAAUGCCGUCACCGAGAUCUUGAACAUUCUCAACAGCUGUCUCAAUAUCACUGUGUAUUGUAUGGUGGGCACAAAGUUCAGACGGCAGCUCCGAGACUUCUUACUGUGUACAUCUUGUAAACCUGUGAACAAAGUCAGUCCUCAGAGAGUGUUCACCACUGGGCGUGAAUCUAACACUGUCGUGGAGAGCACAGGGUCCUCAUAG